GCCAAGAAGGGUCAUGUGCAAAUUUUUACAUUGCGACGUGAAUAUGUUGACGUCGACACGCGUCACGCAAAGUGACACGAACCACUGAUUUCUUUGAGAUAUACUCAUGACAUUAAAACAUUCUUUGAAGUAUAUUUUAAAUUUAAUUUUUGGUCAAUUUUACAAAUUUUGUGGUCCACUGUGCAAUGCUAAAAAUUGAUUCAAAAUCUUGGACAGAAAGUGAAUUGAUUAAUCACAUUCAAACAAUUCAAAUAACUGUUCGGCCAACGUAAUUGAUCAAUGUGUGUCCGAGAUUUCAAACCGAUUUCUAACAUCAUGAACACAAGGCUUUAAAAGUCUUAUAUAAUCGUUUAUGAGUGUAUAUAGAUCAUUAUAUAUGUAUUUAUACAUAAAUAUAAAAAGAAAGGUGGGGUAAGACAGGGCAGUUUUGAGAAUAAAGUUUGGAGAAUGAAUAAAAGCUAGGUUUCUAUAAUUAACGAGUCAUUCCUAUUUUUAAAAUAGUCUUUGGACAUUUGUCUUUCAAUAUAUUUAUUAUUAAAUUAUAAUUUUAAAAUAUUAUAAACUUUAAUGAAAACCAAAGAGACACAUUUUUCCACAUCUUGCCUAACGUCUGAGUUAAUAUGUAGGAGCGAGGGGGAUAAAAUGACGACCUUAAGGUUUGUCGAUAUUUGCUAAUUUCUAUGGUAAUGUAAAAAUAACAAUCUAUUUUUGUUAUAUUCACUAAAACUUUGUUCAUUAUUUGUAAAAAUUAAAAGUUGUUAAACAAACUAAAAUUUUUUAAAAUUUAUGUUAUUUUAGGAUAUGUCAAUUUCGUUAUCUUGCCCCCAUAUGCGGGAAAGAUGACUUUUAAUACCAAAUAAAGUGAAAAACAGUCAAACUUAUACAGUUAAAAAUAUACUUUUAUGAAUAAAAUUGAUUUAUUACAAUAUAAUAAUCUUAUACUAUUUUGAUAUUAGAACGUAUUUGAAGAAAAAUUUAAAUAAAACAAAAAAUAUUUAUAUAAUCUGCAAAAAUAAAAUUAAUACAAUUGUGAUAUACACUACGAUACAUAUUGCGAUUAAAAUUACGUUAUAUAUCGUCAGAAUACGGUUAAAACCAAAAAAACUAAUACACAAAUGCAUUACCUUGCCUAUGCACAACUUUUGUCAUCUUACCCUUAUUUGCCGUGUUUAUUUGUUUAUGAAAUAUAAAAUAUUGCAAUAUAAAAAUUGAAAAAUAUAAAUAUAUUAAUGUGUACGUUUUUAGCUAUACAAUAUUGCAAUUUUGUAGAAAAAAUAAAAAUAUUUAUUAUAAUUAUGUUAUUCCUUAGGAACAAACACUAAAAAGUUCCAAUAGGUGCUCCAAAAACACAUUUUUGAAUAUAUUAUAGAUUUUCAUGAACAGAUUGAAAUCAAACCAUCACAGAAUAUCUGUUACCAUUGGAAGUCUCUAAUAAUUUAAACAUUAGUUUGUUAUUUAUUAUUAACUUGAAAAAAUUAACAAUUUGUCCUCUUAACCCCCACUCCCCGCCCUUUUCCAUAUAGUGUAUCAUCGCGAGUAUACCUGUGCUCUGUUAACUUAAUUUUUUCUUAUACGUUUUUUUGGUUCUUUUAUAAUUUUAUUUUGUACUUUUCUUUCUUCUCCAUUGUCUGUUUCCCCGUUGUUAUAUUUUCAGUAGACAUAAAAAAAUAGCAAAAAUUAUGAACUAUCUCAAUAACUAAAGUUGUCUACUUCGCUGAGUUGUCGGUCACUUUCAAUGACCGAUCAACCGCAACUGACACACAUGCUCCAUUGUGAUUUCUGCAUCCAAAAUGGGUGAUACAGAUGAUACCCCGUCUUACCUCUCUUUACUUUCUUGUCACACCUUUCCUAUAAAAAAAUUUAUGUACAGUUAUAUAAUAGAUUAUAUAUAUUUAUAUAUUUUUAUAUAAUUUUAUGUAAUUAAAUAUAUUUAUGUAUAUGACAAAUUUUUUACUGGCUGAUUACGCAGAUUUAGAAUGGGCGAUUGGUCUGCAUCGCUGUAUAUUGGAAAUUGUCGGUUUGUGGCCGCAACAAAACAAAGAUCAGUAUAAAGAAUUCUUUUCGAAGUUUCGAAAGCUGUUUAAUGCUACAGCCAUAAUUUACAUAUUAAUUAUACCGGGUUUAGCUCAAUUGAUUAAUGUAUGGGGUGAUAUGAUCCAAAUUAUAGAUAAUUUACAAUUCACAUUGACCUUUUUAGUAACAAUACUUAAAGUCUACAUUAUGUGGUACAAGAAAGGAGCUUUAUUACUAUUGAUUAACAAAAUUAUAAAAGACUGGACGCGAGUGAAAAUGGAUGAAGAGCGAAAUGUAAUGGUAAAAAAAGCUAAGAUCACUCGCUUAAUCUUACAAAUCGGAUUAUUUAUUACAAUUUCGGCAACGUUUAGUAGACCUGGCUCUAUAAUUUUUAAAGAAUACAUUUGGCAUGUAAACAAUCUUACUAAUCAUGAAAGAUCUUUACCGGUUCCUGCGCACUAUUGGUACGAUGUAACUAGCAGCCCAAAAUACGAACUGACAUAUUUGGCACAAACAAUCGGGUUAGUUACAUGCGCUAUUACUUAUGUUGGGGUCGACAACUUCCUUGGACUACUGAUCUUACAUGUAUGUGGUCAAAUGGAGAAUCUGCAUCUGCGAUUAUUGCAUCUGGGAAACGAUUCCGAUUUCAAAGCGGUUUUAAAAUACAACGUUAAAGACCACAUUUGCUUGAUCAGUUGCAGAUCUGUAAAAAUCAUUGAUGACACAUUCAAUUUAUUGCUGCUUGCCAUGAUAGGUUUUUUUUGCGUACUAUUCAGUCUUUUUGGAUUUCUAGUACUUACUGCUGUUAAUCAAGAUACUCAAUUAUCAUUCGCACAAAUGUCUUGGUACUUUUUGGCGAGUGGAACACUUUUAAUGCACACUUGUCUUUAUUGUGCGGUAGGCGAACAUCUCGUGAACAAAUGUGAAGAGGUACAUAGCGCUACGUAUGAAUGUGUAUGGUAUACUCUAGAGCCAAAAGCAACAAGAAACUUGGCAGUAAUUAUGGUCUGUGCAAAGAAACCACUCAAUAUCACAGCGGGAAAAAUGUUUCCAAUGACAAUGUCUACAUUCUGCAGCGUGAGUUUUGUGAUGCAUGUAAAAUAUGACAUUAUAUUAUACCAAAAUUAUGACAUAAAAACUCUUUUUUGAGAUUGUACAUAUUAUAAUUCUUAAUAUAUUUUUUUGAAACCGUCAGUAUUUUAUUGCUAAAAGAUUAAACAUUUCAGUUAAUAAAAACGUCGGCGGGUUAUCUAUCUAUGUUACUUGCCAUUCGAAAUUAAUGUUAAAAAGUUACAAAAUGAAUUGGUACGUCUCUUGUAUAAUAUAUGGUAUUAUAACGUAAUAUUAAUAAUAAAUGGUUUACAU